GUUAUCAGGCCGUCCCGUUGUUGUCUGCAGAGAUGAGAAUUGCUAUCCGCCAAGCUCUUCUACACUCAUCACGUACUGUACUCUCGAUAUGGCGAAGGAGAUAUACAUCAAAGACCAUGAGGCGAUGGGGGAAAAGGCCGAGAUGGCGCACGAGGAGGUCGUGCACUUGAUGGCAUUGACGGAGGAAGAGAAGAUCAUUGAAAAGAAGUUGCGUACGCGCAUCGAUACCCUGAUUAUGCCACUGGUGAUUCUGGUUUAUCUCAUGAACUACAUCGACCGGAAUAAUUAUGCAGCAGCCAAGCUACAAGGUCUAACAGAAGAUCUCCAUCUGACCGACGCGCAGUAUCAGACCGGUCUCUCCGUCCUUUUCGUUGGUUACAUCCUCAUGCAGGUCCCAUCGAACAUAUUACUAAACUACGUCGGCCGACCCUCCAUAUACCUGGGAUUUUUUGUAUGCGCAUGGGGCCUGGUUUCUGCAUUGACUAGCCAAGUCAAGAGCUAUGGAGCUAUGGUAGCAUGCCGCUUCAUCCUAGGAUUCGUUGAGGCACCAUUCUUUGCAGGCGUCUUGUUCUACUUGUCAAAAUGGUACACAAAAUCAGAGCUUGCACUUCGCAUGAGUAUCUUCUACGCCGGCUCUCUUCUUAGCGGUGCAUUUGGAAAUCUGAUCGCAGCCGGCAUCCUCAGUGGACUUGCAGGCCACAGAGGCAUAUCCGCUUGGCAGUGGCUGUAUAUCAUCGAGGGAGCCAUCACUUGCGCCAUCGGACUGGUGAUUUGCUUCAUACUACCGGACUUCCCAAACACAUGGCGCCUUCUCUCGCCGGAGAUGAAGCAAGUCGCCAACCGGCGUUUGGCGAUUGAAGCAGCUGAAGCCGAUGUGGACGAAGAGGGUGGAAUGACCCAGCUGCGUGGUAUCAAGUUGGCCUUGACGGACAUCAAAACCUACCUCUUGGCUCUUGCGUACAUGGGAAUUACAGGCGCUGCUGGAUUCCAAAACUAUUUCCCAACACUAACGUCAACAUUGGGAUAUAGCAAGAUUAUCUCUCUGCUGCUGGUUGCACCUCCAUAUGUGUUCAUGGUGUUCUACAGCAUGCUUCACUCACACCUAUCCGACAGAUAUUCCCACAGAUUCUGGUUCUUCAUCUACCCCAUCCCCGUCACUAUCGUCGGAUUUGUCGUUUUCAUGGCGACCUCCGGCUUCGGACCGCGAUAUUUCUCCUUCUUCCUCAUGAUCUUCGUCUUUGCGCAGAACGGCACUCUAUACUCCUGGAUUGCUAAUGCUAUCCCACGACCCCCUGCCAAGCGUGCGGCAGCGUACGCAUUCAUCAACUCAAUUGGCAAUUCUGCCAGUAUCUGGACACCGUACACAUAUCGCGAAUCCGAGGACCCAUACUAUUACACGGCGAUGGGAGUUUGUAUCGCAUUGCAAGUGCUUGCUCUAGUGUGUGCGAUUAUCCUACGCAUCAACCUGCAGAGACAGAACAAGCGGCUUGAGCGCCUGGAGGAUGAGGAUAUUACUCUUACGGAGAAGGAACUUCAGCGCCUACGCAAGACGGCGGAGAUCGAAGGCAUCGACGUUGCGGCAGCCAGGCGCCUGCAGAAAGGCUUCCGUUACACAUUGUAGUUAGAAACUCAUGAUAGUUUGAUGGGUUCAAUAGGAAUUUCAGGAAUUAUUUAAUAGUACUACUUACCUAGUGCCUCGGGCUUUUCCCGUCUAAAUCUGCUGUGCUGCCAGUCGUUCAGGA